AUGGAGUUGCAUCACCAAUAUUAUUUCUUCACACUUUUCUCUGUAAUUUUUGUGGUAAGUCAUGCAGCAAAUUUAUCUCCUGAGGUGUAUUGGAGAGUCAAAUUGCCUAAUACUCCCAUGCCCACACCUAUCAAAGAUGCACUACACAUUUCUGAGAAAACUGCAUACAAUGGAGAUGGAAACACCAAAAUAUCCCAACCAUGGGGAGUGGGUGCAUGGUAUCAGGAUGCCCCCGAGAACGAGCUUCACAAAGUACGCCAACCAUGGGGAGUGGGUUCAUGGUAUCAGGCUGCCCCUGAGAACGAACUUCACAAAGUACGCCAACCAUGGGGAGUGUUUUCAUGGUAUCAGGCUGCCUCCGAGAACGAGCUUCACAAAGUACGCCAACCAUGGGGAGUGUUUUCAUGGUAUCAAGCUGCCCCCGAGAACGAGCUUUACAAAGUACGCCAACCAUGGGGAGUGUUUUCAUGGUAUCAAGCUGCCCCCGAGAACGAGCUUCACAAAGUACGCCAACCAUGGGGAGUGUUUUCAUGGUACAAUGAUGCUGCUAAGAAAGAUCUUAAUGACAAUCACCCAGUGACGCCAUACUUCUUUGAAACAGAUUUACAUCAAGGGAAAAAAAUGAAUCUUCAGUCUCUCAAAAACUACAAUCCAGCACCCAUUUUGCCACGCAAAGUUGUAGAUUCCAUCGCUUUCUCAUCGGACAAAAUUGAGGAAAUUCUUAAUCACUUCUCUGUUGAUAAGGACUCAGAACGUGCUAAAGACAUCAAGAAAACAAUCAAAAUGUGUGAAGGGCCUGCGGGUAACGGAGAGGUAAAACAUUGUGCCACUUCUUUGGAAUCUAUGAUUGAUUUCACCUUAUCUCACCUGGGAACAAACAAUAUUAUAGCAAUUUCCACUGAAGUAGAGAAGGAAACUCCAGAGGUGCAAACAUAUACCAUCGAAAAAGUGGAAGAGAAAGCAAAUGGCAAAGGUGUUGUAUGUCACAAAGUAGCUUACCCAUAUGCAGUACACUUUUGCCAUGAUGUAGGAAGCACUAGGACAUUUAUGGUGUCUAUGGUGGGUGCUGAUGGAACAAAAGUUAAUGCAGUAUCAGUCUGCCAUGAGGAUACUGCAUCCAUGAACCCUAAGGCAUUGCCUUUUCAGUUGCUCAACGUUAAGCCUGGAGACAAGCCUAUUUGCCAUUUCACUUUGGACGAUCAAAUUGCCCUGUUUCCUUCUCAAAACGCACUAGCUAAAAACUAAUAACAUGGAGAAAGUUCGGUCAUUACCUGCUCCUUUGUUGCAAUAGUCACAACGCUUUGUCUAAUAAUGUAUCUCCCUAAUGUAAAUAUUGUUUAUUGCAAUGUUUUGUGUAAUAAUGCAUGCCCUGUUGCAAGUACUGUUUAACUGUGUUAAUCACAGUUCAUGAUGCACGUUGUUUGCAUGUGUGGAUGAAAAUGUUUGGUUUGUAUUUCAAAUAUGGUUGAUGAAUAUAUGUGGUAAUGGAGAUUAUGACAUCUUGUUUUCAAAUA